AUGUGGGGGUCACAAUGCACCACCAAAUACGUUUCCAUCCGCUUCCUUUUGUUCCUCUCCCUCUCCCUCUUCCUGCAUCUUCCUGCAUCUUUUCACUUCGCCUCAUCCCGGGCUCUUUUUCUCCAUCACUAUCCCCGGACCGUUCCCCUCCCCCUCCACGCUGAGGAGAAGGGAGGGAGGGCGGAGGACAGCGUGCAGCCUGCUUCUUUUGGAAAAGUGUCCGUGCGUGGAGGCUGUGUCUUUGUCAGCCAUAUUUACCCAGGCUGA